AUGGCUGCAGUCGAUGCUAUGUCAACGACUGAAUCGAUAGACGAAGCAAACGAAAAUGUUUCGGCCUUACCUGGCCCGCCUGCAAUCAAUAUCCAAGAUCGAAUACAUAUUAACACGGUGUUUCAAGACUCUAUCGAUCAGUUGGCAGUACUAGGAACAAUUUUACCAAUUUCGCUUGAACACAGUGCAAAAGCUGAUUAUGUUGAAAAGGUUGUUGGUGACGAAAUUAGUAAGAUAGUUGAAGGACAAAGGCAGCUGGAAUCGAAAUUCGAGAAGCUUAUUAUGGAGAAAGGGGAUGGCAGAGACCGUAAAGUUAAACUUGGUGAUAAUGAUGAUUAUUAUGAUGUAACGAAAUCAAUUAAAAGUAGCACACAAGCACUUGGUAGAAGUUUGAAAACUAAUCCUCUAGGUACCGAUAUAUUACUGAAAAUGCAAGAUGACAGAGGGUUUCUACAAGAUAUAAUGGAAGAGGCAAUGGCUGAGGUUCACGAACACGGAAGCUUUAGUUGUAUGGCGGAAUCAGUUAAAACCGAACAAAAAAAGAAGAGUGACUUAUUACAAAUUAUACAAAAGGAAGAGGCUGCUCGCAAGAAAGUAAAAACAUUACAAAAACAACUCCAAGAAAUCAAACGUGACAAAGAAGUUCAAAUUCAGCAACGAAAUGAGAUGAUUGCACACUUGAAAGAUCAACUACAAGAAAUGAAGGCAAAGACGAGUAUGGAAGGGAAGUAUAUAAAGAAAGAAGCUGAAGUAAGAGUAUUAUGUACUCAAAAGAAAUGUCAGCAAUCUGAAAGUGAACUGAAAGAAGAUUAUCAAGGAUUGCAAAGCAAGAUUGAUGAUGAAAACAGAACUAACAAUGAAAUUGAAACUUAUCUACGACAACAACAUAAGAUUCUUGAAGAAAAGGUCGAAUAUUGGAUGGAAAAGCAUGAGAAAGAAGUUGAAGCAAAGCAGCGUGAUUUAGAUACAUUGAAAUCGAAUCGUGCUAAUGACUUAGCAAGACUACAAGAAUUGACGCAACUGUAUCAACAAUAUGAAGAAGUUGUUAUAGAAGAUAGAUUAGAAAAGGAGAAAGCUAAAAAAUUAGAAGAGCAAAAAUGGAAAGAAAAUAGAGCUGCUAUUAAGAUACAAGCAUGGUGGAGAGGAGUAAUGGUUCGAAAGCGAUUACAUAGCAAACGCAAAAAAAGAAAGGGAAAAGGAAAAAAAGGUAAAGGCAAAGGCAAAGGAAAAGGAAAAGGAAAAGGAAGAGCUAAAGGAAUUGGCAAAACACGGCCAAUUAAAAGAAAAUAA